GGACAAAAAGCCGUAAUUUCUCCCUCGUACAAACACUAUUCCCAUUUUUCAGCACCAAGUUUCCGAUUGAUCGCUAGGGUUUCUCCAUCUCCACUUGUCUGAUGGGGAAGGGAACGGGGAGUUUUGGAAAGAGAAGGAACAAAACACACACACUGUGUGUGAGGUGCGGCCGCCGCAGCUUCCACAUUCAGAAGAGCCGUUGCGCCGCCUGUGCUUACCCCGCCGCACGCACCAGAAAAUAUAACUGGAGUGUGAAAGCAAUUCGAAGAAAAACCACAGGAACGGGGCGCAUGAGAUACCUUCGUCAUGUUGCUGUUAGGUUCAAGAGCUGCUUUAGAGAAGGUACUAUAGCGAAUCCAAGAAAGAAGAAGGGUGCUGCUGCUGCUUCUUCAUAAGGUUUCAAAGGAACAGAGAUGAACUUAUAAGUUUUUAUCGAAAAUUAGAGUUUUUGAUUCAGGCCCUUGUAAUCUGUAAUGAAUGUUUUUCUAUCUAUAAUCCAAAAGGUGAUGAUAAUCUUUUUAUUCUUGAUGUUAUAAA